UAAUGGUUUUCAUACGGUUUAUAUCCAGUCCCAAAGAACUCUCAUCCCUCUGUUGGUUGUAAAACUAUUGUCAGGGUAGGGAAUUAUGGGGCAGAGAAGGAAAGUUUUAUGCUUCCCUUGGUCGGUGUCGUUUCUCUUGCAAAUGAGUAUCUUGAUGAUGGUGCAGAUGUUCUGUAAUGAGGGUCAUUAGGUGUAAGAAUAAGAAUGGGAUGAACUGGCAGGGCUCUAGGCGCCUCAUUAUGCAGACACAUUUUAAAAGGUCGAUGGGGGUGCGAAUGGCCGCUUAAGGGUCCCGAACACAAAACCAGGGGGAGGAGAGUCAAAAGAAGCCAGAAUUCAAAUUGCACAGCUUAUUGUCAGAGCAGGAGGAUUUAACCUCGGAGAGGUAAGGAUAUCAGGAGCGCAACGCCGUCAGCGGAGUUAUUUGGACACUUGGAGAUGGCCGCGAUUACGCACGCACGGAUUUCACUGCUGAUCCUCGCUUUCUUGGCUUUAACCGUAGGAGUACAAUGUCGAUCUUUGCGUAAGCAGAUUCGUAAAGUGACGUCGUUUCAAGGAGAGCGUAAAAUCCGUAUUGUUAACCAGAGACGGAUCCGUCGAGAGCCGGGGUCCGAACGCGACCAGUGCGCCCUCCUGAGCGCGCCCUGGACGGAGAGCACCGCUCCUUUUGGGGACUGGGGUCAAAUGUAUCGCCUGAAGAUAUUAUCGACGAUGGGUGAUGGUCCACGUCGUGCCGUUUUCCCAGAACCACCCCUCUUUCAGUUCGUUAGACGGGUUUAUCGUUGUUGUCAAGUUGGAUACCACUGUGGAAGUGUCAAAGGGAUACAAGGACGAAAACCUGACUCCAACAUUGAGUUUCUGCUUGGGGUGGAUGUGUUGUCAGCACCUUUGGAGCGUGCAGAAGUUCAUUUCCAAUUUUCUAAUCCCCAACACCUUAACAUCCUCCCUGUGCUUCCCUCUUUGGAGAAACGAGGGUUCCCUACCAGGUACAACGUCUGGUUGCGUGGUGGUGUGGUAGAGCUGAGAGUAGAUCUGCUUGCCCUCUUCCAGGCACUGCAGCUGGCUAUCGGAGGAGUCAAGAGAGGCCCAAGCCUGAUGGAAAUGCAUCGGGUGAGGGGUUUGACCAGACCAGGGGUCCUUGACCAAAAGGAAAUCCCCCCAGCCCCUCAAGACACAGCGACCGUAUUGAAGGGGGAGGUGAAUGAAGACAUGGACGGUGCUGCCCCCCAGCAGCUGGCUUUAGAGCUUGGACUGGCAUUACACUGCAGCCUAGAGAACAAUAUCACACAGCCCUGUCAAAAUUAUGGUGUGCAUUUAACACAUGCACCCUUUAUUGCUCUGACGUACAGAUAGCAAUAUCUUGAACAGCGUCUUGGGGGAUGCAUUUAAAAACUGUAACUGUGUCCAACCAAAUACUGUCAAUCUGUGGCCCCCCUCCCCAUCAUGAGUUCUUUGUGGCCAUAAAGUCUAUGUCCAUUCAGUCCACUAACACCUGGUGUGAAUGUUCCCUGGAUGGUUCGCUAUUUCAGGAAUUGCUAAUGAUUCCCAUUGUUUUGCGACAAAGG